AUUAAUUGUAUUAAGAAUAGACUUUUAUGAAGAGUUACGUGAUAAUGCAUCAGAACCCCGCAAUAUCCACAGUAAUUUCUACACAGUUUCAGCCAUUGCUGACAGAAGGGGGAAGUGGUUCUGUGAUUAAUAUCAGAAAGGGGGUAUAAUAAUAUAAAAGAAGGAAAAGUUUUAGGAGAACGUUAUGGAAAAAAGUUCUGCUACACUACCAAAUUUAAUUCAUUGACAUUAAUAUGUCUUUAAUUAAAGGAAUUGAAUCAGCAAAUGCUGAGUAUUCUGACAAGUUUACCAAAGGUGACUUGUCACUUCCACCAGCCAAAAAGGCUGUAAUUAUUCAUUGCAUGGAUGCAAGAAUUGAUCCUUCAACUUCAUUAGGAUUCCAAGAAGGUGACGUACACGUUAUUAGAAACGCAGGCGGACGGGCGUCGGAUGCACUCAGGAGUGUAAUAAUCUCACAAAGGUUACUUGGAACACGCGAGAUUAUAAUUUUACAUCAUACAGACUGUGGGAUGUUGACUUUCACCGAUGAUAAACUACGCAACAUUCUUAAAGAAGAAACAGGUCAAUCUGUGGACCAUAUUUCAUUUCUUCCAUUUGGCGACUUGAAACAAAGUGUGCUUGACGACGUCAAGUUUUUACAAGAUAAUCCGCUUGUACUUGACGUUCCCAUCACAGGCUACAUUUACGACGUCAAAACGGGGAAGAUCCACAAAGUUGAUCGCUAAUAUAUAUUUUUUAUUUUAAUAUUAGCGGAAGUUAAUGGGUACGUUUUCAAUAUUAUUAGUUAGUUAUGAGUCAAAUAUUACACACAAAUAGCCACUUUAAACU